AUGCUUCGUGAUCUCUACGACGAAAGCUUCACGAAAAGGAUCUCGCCAUUCUAUAAGGAAGUCAUUAUCAAAGUGGAGAGAGGUGUUUGGCACGGCGGUACCAUUUCGCCCAAACUUUUCAGUGCCGCUUCUAAGAACAUCACCCGUGGGUUGGAAUGGGAAGACUUGGGAGUGAAGGUCGACGGCCGCUACCUACAUCACCUCCGCUUUGCUGAUGACAUCGUGCAUAUAACACCGGACAUCGAGCACGAACGCUUGCCGAGUUCGAUAGCGCUUGUGAAAAAGUCGGCUCAGAACUGA